AUGGGAGUGAAGAAUUUAUGGGACAUCUUAGAAUCAUGCAAAAAGAUCGUGCCGCUUCACCAUCUCCAGAACAAGAGGGUGUGCAUAGAUCUGUCUUGUUGGAUGGUUCAACUUCAAAAUGUAAACAAAACACACUAUGGAUUGGUUAAAGACAAGCCUUACCUUAGGAGUCUGUUUCAUCGCCUAAGAGCUCUCAUUGCUUUGAAUUGCAGCCUUAUUUUUGUUGCCGAUGGAUCAAUCCCUGCUAUCAAACUAGCCACUUACCGUCGGCGCUUGAAUUUAGAACUUGAGGUCACCCCGGAUGAAAGAAAGUCGCAAAAACCAUGCUCACUUCAGAGAAACAUGGGAUCAGAGUUCUCCUGCAUGAUUAAAGAAGCAAAAGACAUUGGAUUAGCCCUUGGGAUCCCUUGCUUGGAUAGCAUUGAGGAAGCUGAAGCACAAUGUGCAUUGUUAAACUCAGAAUCAUUGUGUGAUGGCUGCUUCAGCUCAGAUUCAGAUGUCUUCCUUUUUGGUGCAAGGACUGUGUACAGAGACAUAUGCCUUGGAGAAGGACAUGUUGUUUGUUAUGAAAUGGAAGACAUAGAAAGAAAACUUGGUUUUGGAAGGAACUCUUUGAUUAUGCUAGCCCUUAUUCUUGGAAGUGAUUACUCUCCCGGAGUUCGUGGCCUGGGUCCAGAGUCAGCAUGCCAGAUUGUCAAGUCAAUUGGAGAUAGUAAUGUCCUUCAAAAAAUUUUGUCCGAGGGACUGUCCUUUGCAAAGAAGAAAAAAACUUCAAAGAAGCAGAUGCACGAUUUAAAAACAAACUCUCUGGAUCCAGGGAUGCAUGUGUAUGGAAGUGAUAACAAUUCUGAAAGGAAGAACGAGUGCUUGCAAGUGAUUGAUGCAUAUCUGAAGCCCAAAUGCCACCCAGCAGAUUCUGAUGCAAUCUAUAGGGUUCUUUCUCAGCAUCCAUUUCAACAUCUGAAACUUCAAGAGAUAUGUGCUCAGUUCUUUGGGUGGCCUCCAGCGAAAACAGAUGAGUACACGCUUCCAAAAAUUGCUGAAAGAGACUUGCGGAGGUUUGCCAAUCUACGAUCAACUUCCUCAGAGCUAGGAAUUAAUCCUCCUCUGCACAAGAUACCAAUUAAGUGCCCUGUAUCUGGAGUUGUUAAACACAGAAAGGUUCAGGGAACAGAAUGCUUUGAGGUGUUGUGGGAAGGGUUUGAUGGACUUAAAACCUCUAUAGUUCCAGCAGAUCUCUUAGUGAGUGCUUGUCCGGAAAAGAUUACAGAGUUUGAGGAGAAAAGAGCUUUGGGAAAGAAACAAAAUCAACGGAAACCUAGAUCGAAGAAAUCAGAAGAUAGGCCUGCUAUGGCCGAAAUUGAUUUAAAACUCCAAACUUUGUUGCUUGACAUUGAAUCAGGAAGCAAUACUGCUUGUGGCACCUCCUUGUCAUCAAAAUCGGCAAUAUCAGAAGAUAGGAUUACUGCAACUACCGUUAAUUUUGCGAAACAAGAUCCACCUAAUCCUGAGUCAGAAAGUAAUCCAGCUGUUUGCAGAGUUGCCGUGCCUUCUGAUGCAAGUGUGCAUGAGGUCAUUGAUCUCUUGAGCCCAUCUCCCGUAAUACAGACUCGUACUGUUUCAAGAUGUCAGCGAGUGAAUGAUCAACAUACUGAUGUGAUAGAUUUGAGUGAAUCAGAAAACGAAAGGUCUCCUGAACAUUUAAGGAAGGCAAGAGAGCUUAGACUUUUUCUAGCUAGUAUUAGGGAUGGUAUGUCAUAG